GGCUUUGCCGCGGUGAUAGAUGCCGCGCCGUAAGCGGCCGUGUCGUGCCGUCCAGAGCCGGGCCGCGCUGUGCUACGCCGUGCUGUUGGAAACGGGAUACGCGCCUGGAACGAAAGACCCACUUGAAAGAACAGGAUUGAUCAUCGAAACCCACCCUCAGAACUGGUCUCUAAACUCAAGCAUCUGCUUUGCCAUGUGGUAAUCACAAAUCCUCUGAACAGAGAGAGGCAUAACUCUCCCAGUGGCCACUGAGGACAUGGAAAGGCCUGUGAGAACACGGAGGUCAGAAGCAGAGGACUCCCAGGAAAGCUCUCUUUGGUUCCGGUCAGGGAAAGAACCAUCAGACUAAAGAAGACCCAGCUCUGAAUAAAUACAGGAAAGCCUUGAAAAAAUAAAGAAGCAUGUCACAAAAUACAAAUAACCAGCCUUUGCAGCUUAAACCAGAGCUGCCAAAGGCAAGUGACAUGCACGCUCGGCCUGUUCCAAGGACUCCGGGAACUACAGAUGAGCGCAGGAAACAGCUGGAGGAGUGGUUGGCAGCCAAAGGCAGGACAUACAAGCGGCCGCCAAUGAGGUUGCUUCAGAAGCAGGCGGUGAUACCAUCCUGCAGAAAGGGCAAGCCAACAGAGAAACAAGAGCAGCACUUCCGAGCCCAGGCAAACAGCAUAUUAACUGAGUGCCUGCAGCUCAUUGAGGAGGGUGUCCAUGCAGAGGAGAUCUCAACAGUGCUGUCCCUUGUGCCCCAGGCAGAGAAAUUUGCCAAAUUCUGGAUCUGCCAAGCAAAGCUGCUGGCCCGGAGUGGCCCCUUUGAUGUGUUGCAGCUGUACAGAGAAGCAGCUAGCACUGGGGCUGAGCCAGUUGAAGAUCUCCGAGAAACUGCUCUCAAUCUUUUGAAGGAUGCAGGCCAGAAACUGGAAGGAGCAAAGGGAGAAGAAGCCCCUCCUCGGGAGCCUAUCACACCUUGUCCCGCUGAGAGGCGUCCUUUAGCAUCAACUCCAGGCCUGGUGGGGAGGCACAUGACCUCCCUCCCUCCCUCAGUCAAAUUACUGGUUACAUCAGCAACCAGAGGAAGGGAAUUGCCAGAACACAGAGAAUUUAAAUUUCUAACUCCUGUGCGGCGUUCCCUGAGGAUUGAGAGGGCUCGGAGUGUCUAUCCAGGGAUGCUAAAGGACCAUGACCCUGUGGUUUCAGCCCUCAGUGAGAUCAUGGCUGCCGAGGAGGAGACACGCUUCUUCUUCCGGAGGAACAAGGCUUUGCCUGAAGUGACAGAGCUGGAGGGCUUGAGUUCUUAUCCACCUAAGAGCCCCCGAGGGUUGGCAACGAAAUAAAAAUCAAGUUUUUAAAUUUUCUUUGCACAUGUUUUUAAAUAAUGCUUUAAAUUUUGUUUUA